UACGCACUACGCGACACUACGCGCGUAACGGCUGGGAAGACUGAAGACGAGUCUGUUGCAUCGAGCGAACUCGAUUACUUAUUCUCCGUAAAAGAACAUUAUCGGCUAGCGAGAGUGACGGAGGGAAGCAUGUUAGCGGUGAAUCGCCAGUGCCCCAGUACCUGGUUGUCAUCUCUUUAACGAGAUGUCAUAGAGACCGGUGUAGGAGUCGUGAAAGGGGAAGUCUGGACUGUUGACGUACCUUUCGAGUCGCAUUGCGAUGCGAGCAAUCCGUUUUCUCACGAGUGAACCUGGUCGUCGUCUGAUACGUUCGCGUCGCGAUGCAGAAACUGCAGAUGAAGUAGCACGGUUUGCUUAAUUUCUAAUCGAGUCAGGUGUUGAGCCUGGUGGUUCAGUUCGACGAACAUCCAAGAUUUGCCGGUUAUAAAUUGUCAAAUUAUAAAUUAUCUCACUGUUCCUUUGUCUCUUGGUGCUCUUUGUAUCUGGAGAAAGUGGUCCUUUAUUAUUUUUGGUAAAGGUGCGAUAAACUAAAGCAGCAAGGAUGAUGAUGGGCGAUCAGUUUCGAAGUAAAGUAGAACAAUAUUCACCGAAGUCCUCGCCAAGAGGAGCACGGUCUCCAGUAGUAUCUCGUCAAGAUUCUACAGGAACACUAAAGACAACUAUCUCCCUUGGAAAAAACCCUUCUAUAGUCCAUAGUGGACCAUUUUAUCUGAUGAAAGAACCUCCAGGGGAAAGCGAACUGACUGGAGCAACAAAUUUGAUGGCCUAUUAUGGUCUGGAACACUCAUAUAGCAAGUUUAGUGGUAAAAAGCUUAAGGAACAGCUAUCAUCUUUUUUGCCAAAUUUGCCUGGUAUUAUAGAUAGACCUGGGCAUCAAGAUAAUAGCUCCUUAAGAUCGGUAAUUGAGAAACCUCCCAUAGGUGGUAAAGAACUACUGCCUUUAACGAGUGUACAGCUUGCCGGUUUUCGAUUGCAUCCUGGUCCACUGCCGGAACAAUAUAGAUACAUAAAUCAAGCUCCUCAGAGAAAACACAAAAAUAAGCAUAAGAAACACAAGCACAAGCCUGGAGAAGUGCUCAGUGGACAGGAGACAGCCACGACGGACGUAGGUGGUUCCGAUACGCACGAAAAGAAACAUAAGAAACAGAAACGACACGACGAGGAAAAGGAAGCUAGGAAGAAGCGAAAGAAGGAGAAAAAGAGGAAAAAGCAGAAACACAGUCCCGAGCACACCGGCAGCCUCACACCGUCUCAGCAUUCCAAUUCGUGAUCUCUAAUCUGUCCUUUUCAAUUCAUGCCAAACUUUUGAUCGAAAUCUAAAAAAAACAUACGAUAUGUCAAUACGAUUAAAAUAUACACAAAAUAUAUAUAUUUAUUUGUGCUAGGACUGUAAAUAUAUUAUGAU